AUGAAGAGAGAAGCUUGGAAGUCGAGGAAUGGGAAAAUGGAAGGAAAGAAGCCAUUGCCUCCCUCUGGGCGCAUCAAUGAUCGGGGCAGUCACCACCUCACCGGCUCACCCUCAGGCCAGGACCCGCCCUGGCCCGCUUGGGGAGCAUCUUUCGAUGUUUCCCCACAGAUAAGGUCAGACCCGUCCGGCGUCAGAGGAGGCUCCCAGAUCCUGCCGCGCCUGCUACCUCUUCCAACAGCUGCACCUUCCCCCCAUCCUCCACACGCCCCUCCCCUUGUCAAUCCCGUCGUGCCUUCCUCCCCCCUCCAGGCCUGGCGCCUUUCGCCGUUGCUGAUUGACGGAAAUUACCCUCCGUUUCUCCUGAUUCGGCUUCCACCGAACCACCGCGGUAUCGCCAGGCCCAUAGCCUCAUGGAAGGCUCUCCCCCACCUGAUUCGGAUUGCCCAAAGCGGAAACACAGUCCAGCCAUGGUGUUUCUCUGGGGUCCGGGCCUCGACGUUGCAUCGUCUUCUUCUCGACUCCAUUCAGGGUCUCAACACUCUCGCCCGCAAUCCCUACUCCUUGACGGCCUGCAAGGGGUUGAAUCUGAGAAUGCCAGAAAUCGACUAUUCGGAUACCGUUCCGCUUCUCCCCCCGUGUCUCGCCAUUUCAUCUAUUCCUGGCCUCUCGUCUGUCACGGUCUGUGUCCCUUCUAACUUUGUUCUCGAUCAAGAAUCAGUCCCCAUCUCCCUACAGGCUACGUACACCAAAGCACACUGUUCUCAAUCCUUCUCAGCCGGCAUCGAACCAACUCUUCGUCCCGCUUCUCCGCUCGCUGCACAUUUACCCGCCUACCACGCUUGGUUGAGAGAACUAGCACCCAAUUCAGGAUGCGGGGGGUUUCCUUGGCCUGGAACGGCCGAUUUGCCCUUUGCUUUGCCAAAGUUUAGAUACAGCGGCCGCCAAUCCGAGGACCAAACCACCUCAACGCGCCGCCUGUCACUACCCGUUGCCAAACUGGCGCUCCAAUCACAGCGCCUCCUGCUGGCUCUCCAUAUCUACAGAUUGAGCUGCCUAGUGUCUGAUGUCAGCAACUCUUCGAGACAUGGCCGAUUGAUGUGUCGCAACAACCAACUCCUUGAGACCUCUGGCGUCAACUCCCCAUGGCGGAGGAUUACGUGCCUCAAUGGGUGUCUUGAGUCUUCGGACCCGUGGUCCGCCUCGGAGGAUCGACCCUCCGCUACGUUCUCGUUGGAGAGACCAUUCCGCGACCUUCAACGCCUGCUUUACACUAUGGUAGCGCUUGGCUGUCGCUGGCUGUCGUUAUCUGCAACCGCCUUGGCCAACGACUAUGCGUUGCGCCAAAUUGGCGUCAUUAGGGACUUCAGAAGGUUGUCAAAUCCCCGAUUCCCCAGACGCAAUUUGCACCUCGCCCGCAGGAUUGAAGUUAUUGAGCAGGUUGGAAUCCACGAUGGGAGCACAAAGUGUCAGUUCAUCCUGCCGAUCCGUCGCACCAUAACUUCAGCCGGAGCGUGCGUCUACUUCGAGCUCCCGAAGCACAGCGGAUGCAUGGUGCCCGAGAGAGAUGCCGAGAUACAACCCGAUUUUGCGUUGUCAAUAGUCAUGGCGUCCGACAAAUUACUAGAUGAAGCGGGAGUUGCGGGCGAAACCUUCACCAAGGCACCGUGGCACCAAGCAUCCCAAGUCCCAAAGACUAUCCGUACGCUUGUUUGGUGCGAGGAUAUCAACUAUGUUGGUUUCCAAUCCCGCGGAUUGACGGCACGGAUAUUGAUCGGAUGGGACGGGACAGGCUUCAGCUUCGCCUCAAUCCAGGGAUGUCUGAUUGACACGGGGCAUGCUGGCCUGUCAGCAAACAGGGCCGAGGCCACGCUUGGAUGGGGCGGCUGCGUCAUUGAAGAGAUCCAUGGAUGGAUCUGGUUGCUUAUCGCCCAUUCUGGCGCAAGAUUCCGGCUCCUGCCCGCGCCGCUUGAAGAGGGUGUGGUGUGCCAUACGAUGAUGGCUAAUGCCGAAGAAAGCGAGAUGAGGCCCAGCCACGUCCUUCGGAGUUACGAUAAGAACAACUUCGGGCGCAAUCGGAAUGUAGUCUUCAGCACCCCCCGGAAACCGGAGAGAGCAGGGCGUUUGCUUGCGGGAACAGGCAGGGAACCAAGUCAUGCGCUCCUUGGAGGUCAUCGGACAGGCGCAGCAUCUCCUAUCUUCUUUGCUUCGUUUACACGCCUCAUCGACGAGAUUCGAACCAGAUCCCCCCACACUUUGGUCAGCCUGGCUUGCGUCUCCCUGCAACCGCGACAAAUUGCGACACCCUCUUCUCAUAACCCGGGAGGCUUUGCCAAGUUAAGAACCAGACAACUUCCCAUCUCAGCUGGCCUUCUUGUCCAGGAAGUUAGCGCAUGUGUCCUUGGUUCAGCGUCAGGCGGAACGAUCAAGAGGAAAGAGUAUCUGUCCUUUUGUCUAAGCGGCCCGCGAGGGUGUCUCAACUCCGAGAUCAUGUUUCGACGAGCUCAUCGAGCAAAGGACCUGGCUCCUGAAGUCAAACAAACAGAUACCGGUGUACCACCGAGCACAUUGUCACAAGCCAAGCAACCCAGGUUUAUUCCCAACGACUGGACACAUCUCAUUUACUCGAUUGUUCAAAUCCAAUCUUCCGCCCUUCCCCGGGAGCAUUGGCCGCUUGAACUUACACGGCAGGCGACAGGCUCUUCGAAUCGGAACGCCUUCCAAGUAGGCCAAAGACGCCAUGCCGCUCUCCCCCAGACUCCCCCGGUCUCCACUUCUCUUGCAACUUGCUUCGUGGCUUUGGCGAUCGAUUUUUCAGAAAUCACCACGCCCAUUCUCAUAGGUUUGGGUGUGUCCAGUUCGACCUAUCGCUUCAAAAUGUUAUGGCGAGUCGUGCGCAUCGAGGCAGCCAUUUGGAGGCGCUCAGAAGAGACACAACAGAAACGCGUUGCCUUGGAUAGGUUUCCAGUAGCUGAUACCGAAGAUAACACCAUUGAGCUGCAGCGGACGGACUACCGCCAUUGCGGCCCUCAUCGCCAUGCCGCCCUGCGCUCGGACUGCUUUACGGCGUCGGAAGUGGUGAUGCGCCAGGACUUGCGAAUAAGGGCUGGUAUGCCAAUACCCGGUAAGCAAGCCAUGGCUGACGCUCUCACAUCUGGCGAGGUGGUUCGCGCGCCGCCUCAGCUGCGACAGGGAGAAAAGGACUGGCAGUUUGCAUGGACGGAAAGGAACCGCAACGCAAUCUGGCAGUCCGACUUGUGCACGAAACAUUGUUUGGUGGCUUUUGCUGCUGCUGCUGCUGCUGCUGCUCUCUCGGCGCACAAACCAAAGGAGCUGAAUUUUGAUGAGCCGGAAGAGUUUACGAGUUGCGUUCCUGGCCCAACAGCAUCUCGCCACCCAACUACCGAGCCCACCACCCCUUGGUGGCCGAAAAUGGGAUACGGCAAGGGCAAAAAGCAACCAUCCCCAGAAAGCUAA